AUGAUGUUGGGUCUAAGAAAUUCUUUGAAGUCUUUGAAAACUGUUUCUCAAGCAAGAUUGAUUUCUUCCUCCGCUGUUGCUGCUAAAUCAACCUAUAGAACUCCAGAUUUUAGUGAUUACGUUAAGGAAAACAGAAAUGCUGACAAAGGUCGUUCAUAUGCUUACUUUAUGGUUGGUUCUUUAGGUUUACUAUCUUCGGCCGGUGCUAAGUCUACCGUUGAAACUUUUGUUUCAUCCAUGUCGGCUUCCGCUGAUAUUUUGGCUAUGGCCAAGGUCGAAGUGAGCUUGGCAGCUAUUCCAGAGGGUAAGAAUGUUGUUGUUAAGUGGCAAGGUAAGCCAGUUUUCAUCAGACACAGAACUCCCGCUGAAAUUACCGAAGCUAACGAGGUCUCUAUAUCGUCUUUGAAGGAUGCUCAAACUGAUGCAGACAGAGUUAAGCAACCAGAAUGGUUGGUUAUGUUGGGUAUCUGUACCCACUUGGGUUGUGUUCCUAUUGGUGAAGCUGGUGAUUUCGGUGGUUGGUUCUGUCCAUGUCACGGUUCCCACUACGAUAUUUCCGGUAGAAUUAGAAAGGGACCAGCACCAUUGAACUUAGAAAUUCCACAAUAUGAAUUUGACGGUGAUAAGUUAAUUAUUGGUUAA